UCGCAGGGCGGGCACACCGACUCGGGGAAAUUGAGCGCAACUCAGCGUCGAUAAAUAUCCGUGCCGUCCAACCUUCGCCGUGGCCGUUCCUCUUUCCAUCGAGAGCGCGGGUCCCGUCAAAUCGAAGCCCUGUGGGUGGAGGAGCCUUUGGGAGGCCGCUUCAACAUCGACGGAGGAAGGGACUGCGUGGUAGCCGGAGAAAUCGCCGGAGAAGACGACCUCGCCCAAAGGUUCCUGGAACAAUAUGAUUCUAAACGGAAUCACUGCUUCUCGGUGCCUAGACAUAAAAUUCAGACCUUGCUAUUUGAAGCAUCGUUCUUCUCUCAGAUAUGCCCCUCUUUGUGUUUCUGCAACAUCUCCUAAAUUUAGAAGACUUUCUAUAGCUGUUGAAGGAAGGAAUGUUCUUCCUUUUAGCGGUUCUCUGCAAUUAUCUCGGUCAUCUAGCUCCUUCCUAUGCUGGGAACAUCAUGGUAAUGCACUUAGGAUGCCUUUGUUGGCCAGAAGUAAUAAGGUGAGGUGCAGAAGCCCAGUAAUCUCUGGAGCAUCAAAGAGUUACUUCACUUACCCUCCAAUGACCAGUAAGCCCAAAUGGUGGUGGAGGACCCUAGCCUGCACUCCGUAUCUCCUGCCUCUUCACUUGAUGUGGAUGCAUGCCGACUCAGCAUACCAUCUCCACCCACUCUUGCAGGAUUGGGACUUUCUAGUGAACCCCUUCCUCGAUACGAUAGCAUUAAUGCCAAGCUGGAUCCUGAUGGUUCUCAUGUUUUCUGCCUAUUAUUUUGUAGUGAGGAGAAAAGAAUGGCCUCAUUUCCUGCGUUUUCACAUCAUCAUGGCUAUGCUCCUGGAGAACGCAUACCAGGCAAUAGCAAUUGCAUGCACUUGGUUCCCGAAGACUCUCUACCGUGGCGAGCUGGGGAUGCAUUUCUGGCUUGCUGUUACGUUCGUGCAGUUGUAUACGGUGGUGGAAUGUAUGAGAUGUGCACUCUGCGGCAAGUAUGCAGAUGUCCCUUUCGUCUCUGAUACAGCAUAUAUUCAUUCGGAUCCAAAGAUUUUCUAGGGUUUUCUAUUUUGUUUGUUUUGUCUGAAUUAGUUAACAAUGUGUGUAUGGCUUGUAAGAAAAGACUCCUAGUAUCACACAGUUCUGUUAUGCUGUGACCUUUUACGGAUAAGUUUUCGUUCAAUCUAGGUUUUUGUUCUCUAUUGAUACUUCCAU